AAAGCAAUUGGAUGGCUAGGGAGUUCUCGGACUACCCUAAAAAACUCAGCCGACAAAAAAUGGGUAUUUAGUGCCCAAUCAAAAUAUUAAAAUUUAGAUACCAUCAAAAUGUCGCCACUAGGAACGGUGCUUGUCCCAUUGGCAAUGACAGCGUAGAAAAAAAUUGUUUGUCCCCGCUUUGCGAGAAUGGUAGCCAAAUAAAGGAGGAUUCCCUAGCGCCACAGACAACUUGUUUAGAUUGAAAAUCAACUGUUUGUGAGGUUUAGUGCGUUUAUUUUGUGUUGGGGAUCGCGUUGAAGUGAAUUGAAUUGGGGAUUGUGUGUGCAUCGGAUUUCAGAAAUGGCGACCACAAGGAAAUCGAGGAGAAAUCCCAUGAAUGCGAUGUGGGGAUGGAUAACAAGGCAACCUCCUAAGGUGAAAGCAUUUUUAGCAGUAAUUAGUGGCAUCCUCGCGCUUGUUAUUCUAAGAUUCCUCGUUCACAACCAUGACAAUCUCUUCAUUGCGGCCGAAGGAAUUCAUGCUGUCGGUAUCGCUGUCUUGAUCUACAAGCUAAUGAAGGAGAAAACAUGUGCGGGCUUAUCACUCAAAUCGCAGGAGCUUACUGCCAUGUUCUUAGCAGUUAGAGUGUAUUGUAGUUUUGUUAUGGAAUAUGAUAUACACACAGUGCUUGAUACUGCAACAUUAGCAACUACUUUGUGGGUGAUUUACAUGAUACGGUUUAAGCUGAAGGCAACACAUGUGGAGGAUUUGGAUAACUUCCCAAUACAUUACGUGGUGCUUCCGUGUGUAGUGCUUGCACUUGCUAUCCAUCCAUCCACACACCAUAAUAUUGUAAACAGGAUCCUUUGGGCCUUUUGUGUGUAUCUUGAAGCUGUAGCAGUAUUGCCCCAGCUUCGUGUGAUGCAAAAUACAAAGAUUAUUGAACCGUUUACAGCUCAUUAUGUGUUUGCAUUGGGCAUUGCAAGAUUUUUGAGUUGUGCUCAUUGGGUACUCCAGGUUUUGGAUAGCCGUGGGUACUUGUUGACUGCUUUGGGCCAUGGCUUAUGGCCAUCCAUGGUGCUUUUGUCAGAAAUUGUUCAGACUUUUAUUUUGGCUGACUUCUGUUACUACUAUGUUAAAAGUGUUGUAGGUGGUCAACUGGUGCUGCGACUUCCUUCUGGAGUGGUGUGAUUUGCAUUGCAAUUACCAAACAUGUGAUAGGACUUGUGCAGGCUUCAUUUUUGAGCCAGAUCUGUUGACAAUGCAUUUUGUGCUAAUGUCAGUCAUGAAUCCUGGAGAAUUUUAUGAUACAACUCAUGGCUGUAGAUGUUUUUCAUUUUGAUGUCUAGGGAGAUUCAAGUGUACACUGCUGCUGCUCUCAGUCUAAUUUACAACAAUGGAUUCAUUUUUAUAAGCUCUGGUUCUGUAAAGGCUUUGUGAGCUUUGUAUAUAUCUGCUCUUCUAAUUAACAGUCUGUAAUCUUGGCUACUGCAUGGAUUUAAAACCCUCAGAUGGCCUGUAUAUUUUUACCAGUUUAAAACUUCUUUAGCUAAGAGGAAUUCUAGCAAUAAGCAACAUGUUAGUUCUCAUACUUCUUUUCAUUUGAUGAAUAUUGACUUGUGCCCUGGUAUGAAAGGCAAUUUUGCAUGAA